AUGGAAGAGCCGCAAGAGGCGCAGCCCGUGGGCGACGUGCCGGCGGACGCGAACCAGCACUGCCCAGGAACGGGAGCGGAGGAGGCAGGAAAGGCGGCGGCGUGUGCGGGGUGUCCCAACCAGCAGAUCUGCGCCACAGCGCCCAAGGGGCCGGAUCCAGACCUGGCGGUCAUAGCGCAGCGGCUGCAGGCAGUGAAGCACAUCGUGCUGGUUCUGUCGGGGAAGGGCGGCGUGGGCAAGAGCACAUUCGCUGCACAGCUGGCAUGGCACCUGGCGCAUCAGGACAAGCAGGUAGGUCUGCUGGACAUUGACAUCUGUGGCCCGAGCGUGCCGCGCCUGAUGGGGGUGGAGGGGGAGGAGAUCCAUCAGAGCGCCAGCGGGUGGUCGCCCGUGUACGUGGACGACCGCCUGGGCGUCAUGUCCAUCGCCUUCAUGCUGCCCCACCCCGAUGAUGCCGUUGUCUGGCGCGGGCCCCGCAAAAACAGCCUCAUCAAACAGUUCCUCAAGGACGUGGACUGGGGCGAGCUGGACUACCUCGUUGUCGACUCGCCGCCCGGCACGUCAGACGAGCACAUCUCAGCCGUCCAAUUCCUCAAGGCGGCUCACGUGGACGGAGCGAUCGUGCUCACCACCCCUCAGGUGAGCUUCUGUGACUCAGGUGAAUCACCUCCCCCUCAUCCCAUGCCUGUGAUGCACAUCGGUCAUUGCCUCCAAUUUUCCAUGUCCCCCAUCCGCCCCACCACCCAGGAGGUAUCGCUCAUGGAUGUGCUCUAG